CAGAAAGCAAGCGAGUUGAACAAACGGAGACGUUUCAGUCUAUUUGUGAUUACAUGUGAUCUGUUUGCUCAUGACACGUAGAAUCUCUUCACUGCAGGAAGAGAAAGAAGUUACGAUGAUGUCAUCCUACAAGCGAGCUACCUCAGACGAAGAGGAGCUGAUAGACACCACCCCUGACAUAUCGUAUCAGUCUCCAACCAUGCAGGCGCUGGAGCAUAGACUGGGGUCCAGGUGUUGGUCUGAGCGAAGCCAUGUGGAGAAGAAGCUCCUUGUCGUGGUGUGUGGUCUCUCGCUGGCAUUAUUCAUAUGCCUCCUGACACUGGGUCUGCAUUAUAGUGAGACACACCCAGGACUGUGUCUGACUGAACCAUGUGUGAGUGUAGCAGCGGCUGUAAUGGGAGCUCUGGACCGCUCAGUGGAUCCAUGUAAUGACUUUUACAGCUAUGCAUGUGGUGGAUGGAUGAAGAGAAAUCCACUACCGGAAGGCAAAUCACGAUGGGAUACCUUCAGUAAUCUCUGGGAGCACAACAUGGCAGUCAUGAAGAAUUUACUAGAAAGCACAGAUCAUCAGGGCUUGAGUCAGGCUCAGGAGAAGGUCCUGAAAUACUACAAAGCCUGCAUGAAUGAAGCCAAGAUCGAGGAGCUGGGAGCCCGUCCCUUACAGGAGCUCAUCAACCAGACAGGAGGCUGGGCCUUGACUGUCGCCUGGGACAAGAAUAACUUCCAGGAGGUUUUGCGCACUGUGUCAGCUAGCUAUCGCACCUCACCUUUCUUCACUGUGUUUAUCAGCACAGAUUCUAAGAACUCCAACAGCAACAUCAUCCAGGUUGAUCAGUCUGGACUGGGCUUGCCAUCUCGGGAGUACUAUCUCAACAAGACCACAAAUGAGAAGUAUCUCAACGCAUAUCUGAACUUCCUGGUAGAGCUCGGAGUCCUGCUGGGUGGCUCAGAGGAGACAUCUCGCACUUUGAUGCAGGAGAUUGUAGAUUUUGAAACCACUCUGGCCAACAUUACGGUUCCUCAGGAGGAGAGAAGGGAUGAAGAGCUCAUCUAUCAUAAGAUUCAAGCUAAAGAUUUAGCAACACUGGCUCCUGCAGUGGACUGGAUGCCUUUUCUCAAAGCAGUGUUUGCUCCUGUUGCUCUUAAUGAAUCAGAGCCUGUGGUGCUCUAUGCUACUGACUACCUCCAGAAAGUUUCACAGCUUAUUAGCAAAACCAACAAGAGCACGCUGAAUAACUACAUGAUCAUGAAAGUGGUGAGGAAGAUGGUCUCCAUAUUGGACCAGAAGUUCCAGGAUGCUGAACAGCGUUUUCUUGAAGUCAUGUACGGUGCCAAGAAGAGCUGCACUCCUCGCUGGAAACUGUGCGUCAGUGACACAGACAGUGCACUAGGCUUUGCCCUGGGGGCUCUAUUUGUCAAAGCCACGUUCACUGAGGACAGCAAGGCCUUUGCUGAAAACAUGGUUUCGGAAAUCAAAUGGGCUUUUGAGGACAGCUUGAAACAUGUGAGUUGGAUGGAUGGUGAAACCAAAAAGGCAGCCAAAGAGAAGGCGGAUGCAAUAUACAAUAUGGUAGGCUACCCAAAGUUCAUCAUGGAUCCCAAGGAGAUAGACAAAGUGUUCUAUGAAUUUGAAGUUGUGCCAGACUUAUACUUCCAGAAUGUCAUGCAAUACUACAACUUUUCUGGCCGGGUAACAGCUGACCAGCUGAGAAAAGCCCCAAACAGAGAUCAAUGGAGUAUGACCCCACCUACAGUGAAUGCCUAUUACAACCCCACCAAGAAUGAGAUUGUGCUUCCUGCUGGUAUCCUCCAAGCCCCAUUCUACAGUCAUUCCUGGCCAAAAGCCUUGACUUUUGGUGGCAUUGGUGUUGUUAUGGGUCAUGAGCUGACUCAUGCAUUUGAUGAUCAAGGAAGAGAAUAUGAUAAGGAUGGUAACUUGCGCUCAUGGUGGAAGAAUGAAUCAGUGAGUGCAUUUAAGCAACAGACCCGGUGCUUGGUGGAACAAUACAGCAACUACAGCAUAAACAAGGAAGCCCUGAAUGGCAAGCACACUCUUGGUGAGAACAUUGCUGACAAUGGUGGCCUCAAAGCAGCUUACAAGGCAUAUGUGAACUGGAUCCAGAAGAAUGGGGAGGAGGCUACACUGCCCGCUCUGGGAAUGACAAAUCAUCAGCUAUUCUUUGUUAGUUUUGCCCAGGUGUGGUGCUCAGUGCGGACCCCAGAGAGCUCUCACGAGGGUGUGAUCACUGACCCCCACAGCCCCUCACGCUUCAGAGUCAUUGGCACCAUCUCCAACUCCCACGAGUUCUCCAAACACUUUGGUUGUAAGGAGGAUUCGCUAAUGAACCCUAAGCGGAAGUGUGAACUCUGGUGACCCCAUUACCACAGUUUGAUGAAUCCCAGAAACCCGUGCUUUGCUCUUGCACAAAACCCAGUGGACUUGUAUUUAAAUAUGUUUUAAUGUAGGGAUCUUUUUUAUUCUUAUCAGGACUCAAGAAAAUCACUUACACUGGUUUUGUAAAUACAUGGGUCUUUAUUUUUAUUAUAAGCUAUUAUUUUUUAAGGGGGAAAUCAUUAUUGUUCAUCUUGUUACAAUGUUAUAUAUUUCAUAGAUUGUUCACUGAAUCUUGUGUCAUACAAUGUUAUCGAAUGUAGUUUAUGACUGGGAACAGAGGUGUCGACUUAUUUUACAGGCCACAGAACACUAAGUUGGACUGGACAAAAAAAAAAAAUCAACAGAUUGCAGUUACCACGUAAACAAAUUAAAAUUAUUAACAUUAUUAACCCCUGUAUAGAAUAUUUGGAUAAUACUAAACCUUAAUAUAGCUUACUUAAAAAAAUAGAAAGUAAGCAUGGAAUUAGAAAACCAAUUCCUAUAUUUAUUUCAAACAAAAUGAUUCUUUUACAUUUUAAUGUGACUGCGUUGGAGAUCUUCCAUUUAACAUCCUUCGGCUUAACCGUUGCAGAUUUGUUACCCAAAACCUAUCAUUUCUUUUUGGAAAAAUCUCUAAUCAUCAUUAAAAAAAACAAAUAAUACACAAGCAAUAGUUAAAUAAAUCAAAAUGCCAACAAAUAAAGAAUAGAGCCUUGGCCAAAAAACAUUGCAAAUCUAAGGAAUGCCAUUAGCCAGAUGAAAUAAUUAUGAAAUAUAUAUAAAAAUAAAAAAAAUAGUCUCUCAGAUGAGUUGUGAUUAGAUUAAAAAUGCCACCACUGGGUCACGGGGGAAAAAUCCAAAAUUAUUUACUAGCAUCCAUAUCCAGUCAUCCAGAUACUAGAUCUUGAUCUCCCAGUUUUGUUCUCCAUUUUUGUUCUGGAACUUUGAUGUAUGUAUUGUGCAAUAUUUAAAACCUGUAUGUGGUAAAGACAUUCUCCCAAAUGCUGUGAAUGUACAGUCAUGGCCAAAUGUUUUGGCAGUGAUGUUUUGCAAAGUUUGCUGUUUCAGUAUACGAAGAUUAUUUUUCCACAUGUUUCUAUAGUAUACUGGAAAACAGUGAUAAGCAUAUGUUUUAAAGGUUUUGAUUGGCAAAAACAUUUAAUAUAUGCAAACAGUCAAUAUUUACAGUGUUGACCCUCUUCAUAAAAUUUGCAAUUCGCUUUGGCAUGCUGGAUAUUAACUUCUGGGCCAAAUCCUGACUAAUGGCGAUCCAUUAUAAGUGCUUGGAGUUGAUCAGAAUUUGUGGGCUUCUGCUUGUCCACUCGCCUUUUGUGGAUUGACCACAGGUUCUCUAUAAGAUUGAGAUCUGGGGAGUUGCCUGGCCACAGAUUCAAAGUUUCAAUGUAAUGAUCUUUGAGCCACUUCAUAAUCACUCUUGCCUUGUAACAUGGUGCUCCAUCAUGCUGGAAAAUGCACGGAUCAGAACCAAAUUGCUCCUGGAUCGUUGGGAGAAGUUGUUCUUGCAGGAUAUUUUGAACACAUUCUUUAUUCAUGGCAGUAUUUUUGGGUAGAAAUGUAACUGAUCCCAGUCUUUUGGUUGAAAAGCAACCCCACACAUGGAUGAUCUCAGGAUGCUUCACUGUUGUCAUGACACAGGACUCAUGGUAGCGUUCACCUUUUCUUCUCCAAACAAUCGAUUUUCCAGAUGUUCCAAACAGUUGGAAAGGAGCUUCAUCAGAGAAAUUAACUGCACCAGUCUUCUGCUGUCCAAUACUUAUUUUCUGCAGAAUUUUAGUCUGUUCUUGAAGUUUGUCUUUGCUGCCCCAGGCCAUUGUCCAAAAGAUUUCACCUGACUAGAACUUAAUGACACUUUCAAAUGUGCUGAUGAUAUGAUUAGACAUAUCAUCAUAUUUUGACCAAUAAAGCUUUUUGCAGUUAUUUUAAAUGCAUGUGAUCACUCUGCACAAUAAUCUAGAAACAAUGUGAAUAAACACCACAACAGCUUAAACAGCAGUCUUUGCAAAAGACAAAAUUUAUAUUACUGCCAACACUUUUGGCCAUGACUAUAAAUGUAAAUGUAUAGCCUGCUGUAGAAAGUGUGUGAAUGAGUGUGUGAAUGAGUGUGUGAAUGAGUGUGUGAAUGAGCGUGUGAAUGAGCGUGUGAAUGAGCGUGUGAAUGAGCGUGUGAAUGAGCGUGUGAAUGAGCGUGUGAGUGAGCGUGUGGGUGAGCGUGUGAGUGAGCGUGUGGGUGAGCGUGUGGGUGAGCGUGUGGGUGAGCGUGUGGGUGAGCGUGUGGGUGAGCGCGUGGGUGAGCGCGUGGGUGAGCGCGUGGGUGAGCGCGUGGGUGAGCGCGUGGGUGAGCGCGUGGGUGAGCGCGUGGGUGAGCGCGUGGGUGAAUGAAUGAACAGAUUCAGAGCUUUGUUUGAUGGGGAAUGAUGGGGAAAUAUUUGCUGCUUUUCAAAACUGAGACUGCAAACAUAAUUGGUCCAUUAAUAUGACCAGUGUUGAUUUGAUACAAAUGUAAAAUGUGAACACAAAUUAUAAUGGAUUUUCUUACCUUAAUGCAAAAAUUGUGAUGCAAUAAAAUUUUAUCCAAAUAA